CUUCCCUCAUAUCUUUUAAAGAGACAUGUUGUAAUGGCCAACUCUCAGUUGUUUACCUGUUGACAUGGGAAGCUUAUAGGCCUCAUUGGAAUUAACCAGUCCUAUCUCUUUGCCAUGCAACAGCAGGCUCGUGGCUAGUGGUGUUCCGACAAAUGUGCUCUGCGUCAACUUUCGCGCGCCUCAACGGUGACUAGUCAAGCAGAAAUAUCUGGGACUCAAGUCCGGGGAAAAGUCCACUGCGAAUCUAUAGCUUCAAUGUCAAAGGUUGACAGAAUGUCCUCCGGGUUGUCAGGAAAAGCAAAGCCUAACCACGUACCCGACUCGGAAUCAGAAUCGGACCCUGAGGAUCACCCGCCUGCAUUUGGUUCUGGACCAGCUGUUGCUUCUAUUCUGCGUACACAGGUCAUCCAUAGCGGGCACUUCAUGGUGUCCUCUCCGCACAGUGACUGCACUCCACGGAGACGGAAAAGCGGAGCCACGGUGGGAUAUGAUUUCGAUACAGUGAACAGGACAUGGUGUCAAACAUACAAGUUCGGUCCGCUUAGUUCUGGAAGUCUGAGCAUUGACCCAACGCUUACCCGGUUAUUUGAGUGUAUGUCACUGGCCUACAGUGGUAAACUUGUAUCUCCAAAGUGGAAGUCUUUCAAGGGCCUUAGGUUACUGUGGAGGGAUAAGAUCCGUCUAAAUAAUGGAAUCUGGAGAGCCUGGUUCAUUCAGUAUGUUGAGAAGAGGAAGAACCCUGUCUGUGGCUUUGUUACUCCUCUGGAGGGCUUGGAGGCAGAAUCGCACCACAAACCUGAGGCAAUUGUUUUAGAGGGAAGCUACUGGAAGCGCAGGAUUGAGGUUGUGAUCAAAGAAUACCACAAGUGGAGGAUAUACCACAAGAAAAGGCUUCAGAAAAACAAGGAUGGUCUUUUGUCAAUGCUACAGCAGGGUCAAAUCUGCCGGGCCGAGCUGGAGAAAUGGUCCAGCCACAUGUCCAAGGAGCCGGAAGCCACAGUGGAGGAGGCCCACAUGUUUGACCUGGACUGCUUCCUAUCAGACAUCUCCGACACCCUGUUCACCAUGACACAGAAGCCAUGCCCCUGGGCCUCGGACCGCCACAACACUUACACCAGCAACGCUGAUAUGAUUCAGCCUGGCCUGACCCCCCUGCACCCUAACCUGGAGGACUUCAUGGAUAUCCCAGAUAUCUUUAUGAGCUACCGGGGUCAGCCGUCAGAGCACACUGGAUAUACGGACUGUGAAUACUUUGAAAGCUUGUCCUCUGGAGCUUUUGUCUCAGUGCCUCCGCCUGUGGUCAGCAGUCCUCAGCUGCACGUUAACCCCCACCUGACUCAGCCCAGCCUGUCAUCCGACAGCUUGUCUCACCCCUCCUCAUCCAAUGCCUUGCCAGGCCCUGGCUUUCACCAGCAACCCCUGGCCUCUAACAUGACCUUCGACCCCAGCAACGAGGCCAAGUUCAAAGGUCAGCAGGACUACAAUGAGUAUCAUGCCUCAGGCAUGGUAUCCGGGGCAAUGCCCUAUGGACACCAGUCUUACCCUGGCGCUGCCAUCUCCACGGCAACCGCCAGCUUAGAGCCCGUCGCCUCAGGCAGCCCUUUCAUAUACCCUCCUCCGUGUAGCAAGUACGGUUACCAUUCCACCUCGUCCAGCACUCUGGCAUCCACGGUCAUCACCCACACAGCCUCGUCCAUGGGGGGUCCAGGGUCCGACCACCAGGCCCACAGCUACCCCGCCACAGGGGACAUGUACCCCCCGAGUCACUGCAUCUCUCAGGGGUAUCCCUCGGUAGCGCCCGCCCCGUCCCACGCCUCCCUGCCCUCUGUCCCUGCGGCCCACUGCUUCUCAGCCCCUCAGCAGGGGGGCGUGGGGAGCGGCAGGGGGAAGCGCAAGCACAAGACCCCGGGGCCGAGGGAGGCCGUGCCCGUGAGCGGCCUGUCUGGGCCCCGCCCCAGCGCUCCUCCCCAGAGCAGCUGCCUGGCUAAGCUGCUGUCGUCGGGCAAGCAAGAACGCAAACCAGCGCUGGAGUUUGAUGGAACUUUGGUGGCUACAAAAGGACAUAGGUCAACUUCUCCUAACUCUCUACAGUCAGGUGGCAGCAUGGCCACAAGGGGGCCAGCGUCCCAGCUAAAACCAGGAGCCCCCUGGCCCUCGAUGGCCCCUGUCCUCCCCCCUGUCCUCCCCCCUGUCCUUCCCCCCCUGCACUGCCAGACCUCUAGCCGGGGUCAUGCAGGAGCCCAGGCCAGCUUGGCCCGGGGCUCUGCGGUGUCUGCCCUCCUCACUCAGGGCAUGGCACACACCAACACACCCCUCCUCAUCCCCAAGACAGAGAAGCUCUCCCCUGUACAGAUCUAUGGCACUGAAAGGACCAGCUUAACCGAUGCUCAACACAUUUCAAAUCCUUUCGCAAGUUUCUUAGGUCCUUCGGGCCAAACGUCCCCCACCAGCCUCCUGGAGAAAGUAUCCAAUCCGGAGUCCCCACACUCCCUACCUGGCCAAUCCAAGACAGAAACACAUAAGACCGAGUCCAGGAGGAUCACUCAUAUCUCUGCCGAGCAAAAGAGACGCUUCAACAUCAAAAUAGGAUUCGACACCUUACACAGCCUUGUCACAACGAUGAGCUCUCAGCCCAGUAUAAAGAUCAGCAAAGCCACCACGCUGCAGAAGACGGCCGAGUACAUCAGCAAGAUGCAGCAGGACAGGAGCCAGCUGCACGACGAGGCCCAGAGACUGAGGGAGGAGAUCCUGCUGCUCAACUCAGCCAUCAACGUGUGCCAGCAGCAGCUUCCUGCCACCGGUGUGCCAAUCACGCGCCAGCGUUUCGAUCACAUGAGGGAGAAGUUCCGUGAGUACGUCCGGGCCCAGAUGCUGCAGAACUGGAAGUUCUGGAUUUUCAGCAUCAUCAUUGAGCCGCUGUUUGAGUCUUAUAAUGGGAUGGUGUCUACCGCUAGCGUGGAGGACCUGUGCCGCACCACCUUGUCGUGGCUGGACCAACACUGCUCACUCCCCUCGUUGAGACCCAUGGUCCUGAGUUCACUCCGGCUCCUCAGCACGUCCACGUCCAUCCUGACAGACCCCAGCCUGGUCCCAGAGCAGGCCACCCAGGCUGUCACUCUGCGCCACCUCGCUGCAGCCCAGGACCACUCCACGCACCCCCUCCCCAGGGACGGCUCACAGCCCAUGUGACCCGGCCAGCCCUUCGCUCGGAGGAGACGGGAACACCUCCCUCCACCAGCUGUGGCGUAGGGAUUCUUCUUCACGGUGGAGCUUGACGCUGCAGAAGUUCACCCCUCUUCGAAGUUCGACAUGCAACUUGGUUACAGUGUUCUCAUGGAUGUUUUCCAUCUCAAACAUUCCAAAGUUGUGAUUUAAAACAAGCUUGCUGCCUGUUGCAGAUAGUUGACUGUUGGUAUGUUUUGUUUCACUCAAUGAUUUAAAGUGACUGUUAUGGUUAUGUUGUCCCAGUUUAAUAAUUGAAGUGCAGGCAGAUAGAUUCAAAGGGCUACAUGUAAAGGCACAUUUUGUAAAUCAACAGAAGUUUCAGUUGCUUUCUAAAAUGACAUAAUAGUUACCCGACAAAUACACAUGUAUCUGAAAACGGAUCUCAGGUUAUGUUGCACAUUGCAA